GAAUAGUAAUCCAUGAGUCUUUCAUGAGGAUGUACACUUAUGUAUAAUACAUAAGUGUGUUGUGUGCAUGUAACCUUCAUGAAUGUAACAUGCAUAACAAAAAGUCCUCUAAAGUAGUUUAAAUGAAGCCUGAUAUGUCUUUUUUCAUUUUAAUUUGGUUCAUGACCUGUCUAGAUUUACUCAAAUUGAGAGUUGAACAAUUCCACAUGUAAUACUAAUGCCAUUUAGGAGCACACCUUAUUCUAAGGUCAUUGAUGCACUUGGCCCCACUACUGGGAAUAAAAUGAUUGACCAUAGACCCAUAAAAACCAAGAAAUUGUUAUUUUAUUUUCCUUAAAAAUUAUACAUAGAGGGGAAAUCCCUGAUGUAUUUAUACAAUGAAAUAUAUAUCUUUCAUUUUAAAUUUCGAUGCAAAAUAUUUAAUUUAAUGUGAAUCUAAUUUAACUCCAGGAUGAACAGAGCAUAACAGAAAGCACUUUCCAUUUCUAUGGGUAACUUCCUGCACUUGUCAGAGAGCUAGAUGAUAAUCUUGGAUUUUAAUAAUGUUUAAUCGAGUGGAAAAUAUUGUUUUUUUGUUUGCCAGUAUGUUUCCAGGUAGUACCUUUCAUUAACUACAUUAUUACACUGACAUAUUGUGGGACCUUGAUGAAUAUAAUGUGUUUGUGUCGCUCACUGGACAAAUGCUUGAUUUAAACUUGGAGAAUUUAAAGGCCAAAUCAGCACUUUGAAUUACAGAUAAUGUCUCUUAAACCAUUCCUAAUCUGCUGAAAACAUGCCAUCAGGGUGUACCGUUUCUGUAAGAAAGGAUUCCCAUUCAGUUGUAUUUCCACGCUUCACCACUAGAGGCAGACAGACAGUUUUCCAAGCAUGACAAGUUGCCUAUGACGUCACAGUGCACCGUCCUCCAUCAAGAGUAUAAAAGACCAGAACUCAGCAGUAGCAUGCAUUCAGCAUUACACAACCAGAGAAGUAGAAUGUCAAAGCAACCUUCCCGCGAGUAUCCGCGCCCACGUGGCAGAACUUCCCCAUUCCAGCUUAAAGAUUAUAAGUUAGCUGAGCUGAAGCAGGAGUGUGCUAUCCGGGGACUGGAAGUUAAGGGAAACAAAGGAGAUCUAAUUGCCCGGCUGCAGGCGUACAUUGAUGAACAUGAUGUUGUUGUCAAUGAGGAAGACGUCUUAGAAGAGUUUACUGAGGAGGCAGCAGCACCUGAGACAAAAGCUCCAGAAGAGGCACCGGAGGCAAAAGCUCCAGAAGAGUCACCUGCACCUGAGGCAGAAGCUCCAAAAGAUUUACCUGCACCUGACACGGAGGCAACGAAGAAAGUUAUAAAAAUCAACCUUUCGGAAUUGGCUUCUGAGGUCUACAUCGAGAAAAUGAGGAAAAGAGCAGAGCGAUUUGGUAUGAGCGUCUCCCCUGUGUACAAGAAGUUUCCAGAAGAAGAAAAGCUGAAGAAGAGGAAGGAGAGAUUUGGAACUGUGACCAGUGCCGCCUCGGUUGGAGCUUAUUAUUUAGAGGUCUACAUUGAGAAAAUGAGGAAAAGAGCGGAGCGAUUUGGUAUGAUCGUCUCCCCUGUGUACAAGAAGUUUCUAGAAGAAGAAAAGCUGAAGAAGAGGAAGGAUCGAUUUGGAAUUGUGACCAGUGCCGCCUCGGUUGGAGCUAAUGAUUCAGAGCUAACCAUUCCUGAGGCAAAGAAGCAAAAGCGAGUAGAGCGGUUUGGAAAUGUGUGACUGACAACUUUUUUUUUUUUUUACUUUUUGUAUUUUGUAUUUUUAUUUUUUUUGUUACUCAAUGUGUUGCAAGUUCGUACAAUAAACACCUGCCAAAUUUC